AACAAAGUGUGACUAACUCGAUUUGUGGCAUUUGCUGUUAUUCGUUUUCGUUUGUAGGUCGGAUAUUCAAAACGCUUUUGCCAUGCUGAAGUUACUUUGUGUACUGUUGGUGUUGGGCCAAACUCUAAGCAAGGAGAUGAGGCUAUCCUUUCCUGGUCAGUGUCCGAAGUUUAUGCCACUACCCACUGAGUUUUCCAAAGAGACAUCGUUCACUGGCAGUUGGUAUCUGUACGCAGUCCACCCAAACUAUCUGCAGGAAAAGUGCGUAAAACGCACUUAUCAAGGCCAUAGCUUUUGGUCGCAGUUUGCCGAAACAGAUAACGAUAAUUUCAUAGUGCAAUAUUUUUGCUAUCAGGAUAGAGAUCGAUACGAUAAGCUUCAGCACAUGAGAUCAAUCAGCAUUUUUGUGAAGGAACUGGAGCCCACAGCGCAAACUGUGGCAUCGAUUACGAAUGCCCUGAUGCGGAAUUUUAAAUUCCCACUAAGACUACUCAACUACACCGAUAAUUCCUUUUGUACAGAAUUCGAGUAUAAAGAGGCACAGUACAGAGUUUGAACCCUGGACGACCUAAACUAGACCUUGGGGUACCUUUAGUUCUUGAAGCAUUGUUCGUUCAUAAACUUUGAACUAAGGAGCUCGCCGCGCUUGAAACUAAGGGAAAGUUCAAUUUACUUAUCAUUAAACAAUGGCCAACAGUUGGAAACCAAAGUCACUAAGCGAAUCUUCACGCUUAUUUACAUUCA